CAGGCGAGUCGCGGAGGACUGUGGUUUUCGCUAUUUGGGCAAGAUAAAUGAUGAUUGGUUCCACAUGGAGCAUCGAUCCGUGGCGAAGAGGUCAACGGAACCACAUCUCGAAAUGCACCAAAGGCUAAUGAAUGACUUCAGAGUACGUCGAGCGGAGCAACAGCGGGCAAAAUCGCGUACUAAAAGAGAUCUUGUAAUCAAACGUCCGUCCAAUAUAUUAACCAUGCUAAACGAUGAUAGGUGGCCACAGAUGUGGUAUCUGAAUAGGGGAAAGGGGUUAGACAUGAACGUGCAAGGUGCUUGGGCUGAGGGAAUUACUGGAAAUGGCGUCGUGGUGACAAUUCUUGACGAUGGAUUAGAGAAAGAUCAUCCUGACCUUUUUAAAAAUUAUGAUCCUCAGGCUAGUUACGACGUCAACAGUCAUGAUGAAGAUCCCAUGCCAAGGUACGAUCUCGUAGAUAGCAAUCGACACGGCACCAGGUGUGCCGGAGAGGUCGCAGCCACUGCCAACAAUUCUCUUUGCGCUGUAGGUGUUGCUUUUGGAGCUGGCGUAGGUGGGGUUCGAAUGCUGGAUGGCGAUGUAACAGAUGCCGUCGAAGCAAGAUCUUUGAGCCUUAAUCCUCAACACAUCGAUAUUUAUAGCGCCUCGUGGGGACCGGAUGAUGAUGGGAAGACUGUGGACGGCCCUGGUGAACUGGCCACCAGAGCUUUCAUCGAGGGAAUUACCAAAGGUCGCAACGGUAAGGGUUCGAUCUUCGUGUGGGCGUCCGGAAACGGUGGCCGAGACCAUGAUAACUGCAAUUGUGACGGAUAUACCAAUAGUAUCUGGACGCUGUCGAUCAGUAGUGCAACAGAGAACGGCCUUGUGCCUUGGUACAGCGAGGCGUGCUCAUCCACUCUCGCCACUACAUACAGCUCUGGUUCUACCGGCGAGAAACAGGUCAUCACUACUGAUUUACAUCAUCACUGUACCAACAGCCACACCGGCACCUCCGCAUCGGCGCCGUUAGCAGCAGGCAUUUGCGCCCUCGCUCUGGAAGCAAACAGAGAUCUUACCUGGAGGGAUAUGCAACACAUCGUAGUCAGAACAGCUAAACCUGCGAACUUGCAAGCACCCGAUUGGGUAGUCAAUGGCGUCGGUAGAAAUGUAAGCCACAGCUUUGGUUACGGAUUGAUGGACGCCACUGCCAUGGUGCGCUUAGCGAGAAGAUGGAGGACCGUCCCAGAGCAACACAGAUGUGAAGUAUCAGCGCCACAUACAGGCAGGACGAUACCACCAAAGAGCCAAUUGGUCCUCGACUUACAUGUCAAGGAUUGCAGCGGCGUUAAUUUCCUCGAGCAUGUUCAGGCGAAAGUAUCGCUGAUGGCAGCGAGACGAGGAGAUCUUCAGAUACAGCUAACGUCUCCUCAAGGUACGAAGAGCACUCUUCUCGCUAAAAGGCCGCACGACAUCUCGAAGGCCGGCUUUAGCCAAUGGCCAUUCAUGUCAGUCCAUACGUGGGGAGAGAGGCCGCACGGUACUUGGAAAUUAGAAAUUCACAAUGAGGGUCGAUACCUUGGACGCGCUACUCUGCACGAAUGGGCGUUGAUUUUCUACGGUACCGCAACGCUGCCCGACCGGACCGAAUACGCCCUUUACAAUCCGGCCGGUAUAAAUAUACCUAGACGACCGUUCGUUAAGCCACGCGAGACCAUUCCGAAGAACCAGAAUACCUUGGCAAAAGGCAAGCAGACGCAGCACAAAUCUGACAAGUCCGGCAAUAUGAGCCCUUCCUACGUAAUAAACACUCAGAUUCAGUCCCAGAGGAAGGGUAAGGCCCGCGGUCAGUACAAGAACGGCAAGUCGGCUAAUCGGCCGAAUCCCAAGCCUACCGUUCAGACUCUUCGGGGUCUCACCGGAAUCAAUAAAGGGUCCAACAACAUAGUCAGUGACGUGCGUUUGAUCACGUCGAGACCACGUGGGAGAAGUACACCCAGCCCUAUUACCAGCACCGUGACCCAGGCCGUUACGACAACAAAGGCGCAGACCACCGUGACAAGUAAACAAAUUAUUACACAGAAGAUCAUCGACGUGGUUACCGCCUCACCCCUUCAGCGGGGACUGAUCUUGUUGGAACCACCGGCAAAGGCGGCCACUAACAAGGUCCCGGCGGUAUUUCAACAGUAUCCCAAGAUUCAACAGCUUUAUCCAGUUUACGGUGGAGCUCGCGGUACCGGUCAGCACGCCACAAGGGCCAAAGGACUCGACCUGCUGCAGGACGAGCAAUUUGACCCAAGGAAUCUACAACUGGACAAGGACACACUGGAGGAGUGGAAGCUUGUGUUUUUCGGUACGGACACCUCAGUGGAAGUGGAUGAUGAGCUAGACAAGGACAAGCCGCUGCCACCAGUGGUCCAUGAAGAAGUCAACAACGCACCUUCGGACGUUCGACACAACACUGUGGACACCGAGGGCGAUCCAUGGACAGGUAGCCGAAAGAUGGAUCGAGUCUCACAUCCAGAAGUGCAGAGGCCAACAACGGAGAACCAGACGAGCGGUUGUGCCGCCUUCGAAGCCGGAGGCAACGGGUGCCUAGGUGGGUGCCUCAUACUACUCCUUCUAGCCUACCUGACCAGCGUGCCUGGCUGGCAAGAGUUGAUCGCCAGCUGGCCUGCCUUGACGAACAUGUGCAAACCGGGUUGGAACCACGACAAUGGCAACUGCUUGCAACAAUGUCCACCUGGAACUUACGAAAUCCAAAAUGACGAUGAUUCCGGUGCUUUCUGCACCGCAUGCCAUUACUCGUGCCUAUCUUGCAAAGGACCUAGUUACACGGACUGCAUCACUUGUCACACGGAUUCAAUGUUUACGUGGAACAACGGAAGGCCACUGUGCGUGCUAAGUAGCAUUUCCUGGAAAAUGCAGUCCACAGUAUGGUUCCAAAGAUUAACUGUGGCAUUUUUGGUCAAUUUGGGCCUAAUAAUUGCUAUUGUCAUUUACUUUGUGUUCACCUGGUACAUCCGUAAACGAAAAUCCGUCCAUAAAUACAGCAAAGUAUGUUAUUCCAAUAACGGUGAAAUUCAUGCGGAUACAGAAUUGGACAAUACUUAUGUCUCUGAAAGCGAAUGA